AUGUCGUACAACCAGGAGGUGGACGCGCCCUACUUCGCCACGUACGACGAUCGGAUCGCUCAAGUCAAGGCGCUCGCCGGAGCCGAGGCCGAUCUCGCCGCCGCCAAGCGAAAGCUCAGCGAAGCCACGGCCGCAGAGAAGCGAGCCGAGGGCGCGCGGAAGGGCAACGAGAAGGCGGUUGCCAAGCUCAAGUCGCGCAUUGAACAGGCUGAGAACUCCUGCUUCUUCUCCUGCUGUGGCGGCGAGGCCAAGGUUGAGCGGCUUCAGGCGCAGCUCGACGCCGAGGAGGGAAAGGCAGGCGCGCUGGUCGAUUCGGAGGGGCGGCUCGAGGAGAAGCUCGAGGUGCUGACAGCCGAGGUGCGGACGGCCGAGGAGCUGGUGGCGCGCAAGGCGGCGCUUGUCAGCGAAUCGUCCAGCAUGUUCGAGUCGGCCGUCCAGUCGCACCCGUCCGAAAAGAUGCUCUACCUGCAGCGGGCGGCGGCCGACUGCCGCGCCAACGUCGACUUCGAGGCGGCGAACACGGCGGCGCUGGAGAACGUGGGGCGGAUGUGCGUGACGGCGCGCGGGGCCUACCUCGCCGCCAUACGAGCGCUCGAUGCGGCCCAGUCUACCAACCGGGGCGCCCAGUUCAACAACGUGCUAGGCGGCCGAAACGGCGGGCUCGAGCCGAUGCGCGGGCGGCAGACCGUCGUCAGUACGGUGGGCUGCCCAAACAGGGAUCCGGCGGCCGGAAAGGUCCAGAUGCGCGUCGUCACGGCCGCCUCUCUCACCGGCCGGGCGUAG